UCGGCGCUCGAUUGAGGAAGCGGAGGAGACGACGCAGCUCAACGGAGCCGCCGCGCGAUGAUGGCGGCCAACCAACCUCCGCCGCCCAAGCCGUGGGAGAAUAGGCGCCUAUCUGCUGAUGUGACUGCCAACCAGUUGACUCGGCCUGGACAGCCCACCCUGAUACGAAUGCCCCCUCCAAUUUUGCCAAGGCCAUCUCAACAGGCAGGAAACAAUACCCUGAAUACUUUCAGAUCAGCUUACAGCAGCUCUUUUUCUCCAGGCUAUGGGACGUAUGGAAAUUCCUUUUAUGGGAGCUACAGCCCUUACAGUUAUGGAUAUGGUGGUUUGGGCUACAAUCGGUUUCGAAUGGAUGACAUUCCUACCAGCAGGUUUGUUCAGCAAGCGGAGGAGAGCAGCCGUGGUGCAUUUCAGUCCAUUGAAAGCAUAGUACAUGCCUUUGCCUCAGUGAGCAUGAUGAUGGACGCUACAUUUUCUGCUGUCUACAACAGUUUCCGAGCUGUUUUGGAUGUAGCUAAUCACUUCUCCCGGCUCAAAAUACAUUUCACAAAGGUGUUUUCGGCUUUUGCAUUAGUCAGAACUAUAAGGUUCCUCUACAGGCGUUUACAGAGGUUGCUGGGUAUGAGGAAAAGUUCAGAGAAUGAGGAUUUGUGGGCAGAAAGUGAAGGAACUGUGGCUCGCAUUGGUCCUGAGGACAAGUCAGCUAACUCUGCAAAAUCCUGGCCUAUUUUCCUGUUCUUUGCUGUUGUUCUUGGUGGUCCCUACCUCAUUUGGAAGCUGCUGUCCACCUACAAUGAUGAUGAAGAAACAGCUUCCGGUAACUGGGCAAGUGGAGAGGAUGAUCAUAUUGUUGGGAGAGCAGAGUAUGACUUCAAUGCUGCUUCAGAGGAAGAAAUGUCUUUCCGUGCAGGUGAAAUGCUAAAAUUAGCACCCAAAGAACGGCAGCCCAAAAUGCGUGGCUGGCUUUUGGCUAGCCGUGAUGGCCAGACAACAGGACUUGUACCAGCUAAUUAUGUCAGAAUACUUGGCAAAAGGAAAGGUAGGAGAACCUCAGGAUUGGAGAAGAUUAUGGAACAGCAGCCAGUGUUUACCAACACAACUUCAGUUCAAGGAGCUACAGCUGCUGACACUUUAGAAGAGCAAGAAGCUGCCUUUGAGUCGGUGUUUGUGGAAACAAAUAAAGGUCCUGCCACAUCCGACUCUCCUGGGCUUGGUGAAGACAAACAGGAUCUUUGAUACAUCUGAAGUUUUAUCAAAGAGAUUGGAUUGUGCUUACCAGUAAUAUUGUAGGUAGCCAUUGAAUAGUGAUGUAGUGGAACACUGUUGUUGACCGUAUCCAGGUAACUUGCUAUUCAAACCUGGAAGAGAUAUAGGGAACAACAUUAUUGUCCAUAAUGUUGUGCUUGGUUCAUUUAAUGUUGGAUGGC